AUAUAUAUAUAUAUGUAUCUUCGAAUUGCACGCAGCGUGAGGAAAAAUGCGGUAUCUUGAGUGUUUUGUGCCGUUUAUGGUACUAUCGUACCUCGCAAGUUCGUUCGCGGAACCUGGUGUACUGUUCGAUCUGGCGAAGGAUCAUCAAAAGCGCGUAGCAGGCAUACUGGACCCGCUGGGACUGUUCCACAAGAAGGAACCACAGAGCUCGAGCUCGUCGCACUCGUACGGGAGCAACCUACAACUAGGACCACUUUCCUUUUCGAGCAGCUUGGCCAGCUCUUCGGCCACGGCCGAAGGCAAUGGUGCUACCUCCGUUGCCAAGGCGAAUUCUCAAGCCUUCGGGCAAGGCUCUGCAAAAGCUGACGCUAGCGCGGUAGCCAACGCUCAAGAUUAUAGUUCUAACAUCGGUCACAACAACUACUACGUCCCGACAGACGUGCAACAAUACGGUGGCCCCGGUGGUUCUCAGUCGAUCACGAAUCCGAGCUAUGGUUAUAACGCUGCGAAUACCGUUUCGAGCGCCGCUGCUAAUGCAAACGCGAACUAUGAUAAUGCGGACAGAGGUGCGAACGCCAACGCGAAUGACGUUUCUUAUACCGGUGCAUCGCCGGCGACCAAUUAUUAUUCUCCCGGAUACGAUCUAUCUGAUACCGGUGCCAAUGCAAAUACGAAUCUUAAAAGUGUUGCGAACAAUGGCGCGGGAAUACUCGAGGGUUAUUACACUCCUGGAAAUCUUGGAGCUAAUGCAGGCGCAACCGCAAGCGCGGAUGCGAAAGCAAAUUCUAUUAGUGGGAUAGGAUCAUCCGGUAAUUACUAUGCUCCCGGAGGAUCGCAGAGCAAUGGUGGUGCGAUUGCGGAUGCAAAGACAAAUAUUAUCGAUGGUGUAACGAGCGGCUAUAAACCUGGAAUCAUCAAAAGCGAUGCAGGUCCGAUCGACAAUUCGAAAUUGAACGGUGGCGUGGAAUUACCAAAUGGAUAUUAUUCUUCGGGAACUCGAAACAACGCGGUGACCGGUAGCAAGAUUCCUUAUCGUCCUCAUGACGACGAAGAGAUCGUGGUAGUGAUCGUAGAUCCACCACCGGUCCACAGGCCACCAUUGGACAGGCCACCAUUUGGUAGGCCACCACCAUUCGGUAAUCCACCGCCAUUCGGUAGGCCACCGCCAUUCGGUAGGUCACCACCAUUGGGCAGGCCACCUUUCGAGAGGCCGAUGAAUCCACAACCUGGUCACGACCCUGAGACAAUCAAAGUGAUCGUGAUCGAAGACCCGGCAUAUCAUAGCCAAGCAGGAGCAAUUAAAGAUGGAAAGACUCAAUACGGUCAACCGAUCGACUAUCCGGCUGGAGGCUAUCAGAAUGGUUAUGGAGGAGCUAACGCAAAUGCUAAUGCCAUCGCCAUUGCAAAUGCAGCAGCUAAUGCAGGAGCUAAUGCGGGCGCUAAUGCGGGCGCUAAUGCGGGAGCUAAUUCAAUCUCUGGUGCGAACGGCUAUCCUGGUACUGUUCAGGAAUCAGGGUACUAUCCUGGAAAUGCUCCAACUACUUCCAUCGGAACGAACAAUCCUUUCUUGACUGGAUCUCAAGGAACCGGAGGGGCUAAUGCAGGCGCUAAUGCAGGCGCUAAUGCAGGAGCUAACGCAGGUGCUCUUGGAAAUGCGUAUCCAGGAACAUCAGGGCCAGGAACUCAAGGUGCAGGUGGUUAUCCAGGUGGUUCCUAUACUGCUGGAUCGGGCAAUCCAUUUUUAGGUGGUGGACAAAGUCAAGGAAAUGCAGGUGCCAAUGCUGGUGCCAACGCUGUUGCAAACGCUGCUGCUAAUGCUGCAGUUAUCUCUCAAGGACAAAUCGGAGCGCAAAAUCCUUUCCUCAAUCCUGGAUCUCAACCUGCUUCUCACGGACUUGGAGAUUACGUAAUUAACGCUGGAAAAACUGUUGGAAAACCAAUUAGAGAAAGGCCCAUUCCUACUACUUAUCCUGGCCAAGGAAGUAAACCUGGAAGCUAUGGAACGAACGUAUCUACGGGACCAUUGAUCAUUGGAUCAGGAGCAAAUGCAGGAGCCAACGCAGGAGCUAAUGCUAAUGCUGGUGCGAAUACAGGUGGAGGAUACGGACAGCCUGUUAAAGAAAGUCCUGCAAUUAAUCCAACUACAAAUUACGAGGGAGGAACUGGAUUCGAAAAUACGGGAAAUACAUUUGGAAAUUCUGGAUCCGGUAACAAUGGCUAUGGUGUUCCUACAAAAGGUGUUCCUACUUAUCAAACUGGAUCUUCUGGAGCAAAUGCUGGAGCGAAUGCAGCAGCAAUCGCUGGAGGCAGCGGAUCUGGUGGUUAUGGUGUGCCCACGAAGGGUGCUCCAGUCUUUGGAACGUCUGGACCAGGCUUUGGAACUGGAGGAGCAAAUGCUGGAGCGAAUGCAGGAGCAAACGCUGGAAACAGUGGAUCUGGUGGUUAUGGUGUGCCCACGAAGGGUGCUCCAGUCUUUGGAACGUCUGGACCAGGUUUUGGAACUGGAGGAGCAAAUGCUGGAGCGAAUGCAGGAGCAAUCGCUGGAGGUAGCGGAUCUGGUGGUUAUGGUGUACCCACGAAAGGUGUUCCAGUCUUUGGAACGUCUGGACCAGGCUUUGGAACUGGAGGAGCAAAUGCUGGAGCGAAUGCAGGAGCAAUCGCUGGAGGUAGCGGAUCUGGUGGUUAUGGCGUACCAACAAAAGAUGCUCCAGUCUUUGGAACGUCUGGACCAGGCUUUGGAACUGGAGGAGCAAAUGCUGGAUCGAAUGCAGGAGCAAUCGCUGGAGGCAGCGGAUCUGGUGGUUAUGGUGUACCCACGAAAGGUGCUCCAGUCUUUGGAACGUCUGGACCAGGCUUUGGAACUGGAGGAGCAAAUGCUGGAACGAAUGCAGGAGCAAAUGCUGGAGCGAAUGCAGGAGCAAUCGCUGGAGGCAGCGGAUCUGGUGGUUAUGGUGUACCAACAAAAGGUGCUCCAGUCUUUGGAACAUCUGGACCAGAUUUUGGCAUUGGAGGAUCAGGAGUCGCUGGUGCAAAUGCCAAAGCUGAUGCUGUGGCAAAUGCUGGAAGCAGUGGAUCUGGUAAUGGUGGUUACGACGGAAAUAACUUCGGAUUUGGAGGUGCUUCUGCCAGUGCUAGUGCCAAGGCUGAAGCUUCCGCUUCUGCUGGAUCAGGUGGAUCAGGAGGCUCAAAAGCGAUUGCAAACGCGAAUGCAAAUUCGAACUCGUUCAGAGGAUUUUCUGGUAGCAAUGCGUCCGCCAAAUCGUCCGCCAAGUCGUCAGGAAGUGGAUCGGCCAAUGCGAAUGCACAAGCAUCCAGCAAAGCAUCUUCGGGAUCCGGCAACAGUUUCGCCUCCAGUUCUGCAUCCGCCAACGUGGACACGAGGAGUUUGCUCGUCUUCAGCGAUUAAUCGUCCAAACAUCCGGAUCUAUUCGUUAUUUAAUUAAUUUUGCUCUCUCGAAUUAUUUAAUCGUGGAAAUAUUACGAACGCCAUGGACCGUGCCAUCAUUUAAACUCGAUUUUUAGGAUACUUUACCGAUUUAUAGUAGUUUGUAGGAUCUGAAACACAUCAAUGAAGUUAAGAGUCAAAGAUAUAUCGAUUUAAAACGAUUAUCGACGCGAACAUCGAUCGACGCAACGCGAUUAGCCAUGCUGGAUCAUGGCAAUGUAAUAUCGAAAUCGUAAUUAAUUACUUUACAAUUCGAUGUGUUGUUAUGUAACUAAUUUUAUUGCGCUUUAUCUUUAAAAAUGAAAACUUUAUUUUGAAUGAAUAAUGAAUGAAAUUUCAUUGGAGUCGAGCAUUCAAAAAAUAAAUUUAUUAUUAUUUGUGAUAAUAUUCUUGCCAAUACAUGAAGCAUAUAGGAAGCAUUCUUCGUUUGAGAAAAUCCUCGAAAUCCUUUUUUGUUUUUUUCCAACGUUAAUAUCCGAAUAUUAAGCUUGUCUUCGUUCAUUUUAUGAAUAUUAAUUUGUUCAUUUUAUCAAUCCAUUUAAAAACUUUUCAAAGUGAUUUCCAUCGUUUUUUAUCGUAUAAGUGGAUAAUACUCGAUACAUGAUUAGCGUUUCUUCCGACUUUAUAAUAGAUAUUUAAGAUCGAACGUUAUCUUAAUACUAUAAAGCGAUAUAGUAUGUAAUUAAAAAACUUUGUACGUAAUCACGUUAAAAUUAUAUUUAACGUAACGAGCGUAGCUAAUCUUAAACCGUGAUACGAACGAGAUAAUGUUUUUUUCUAUCUUUAUACAUCCGAUCAUAAAUAUCGAAUUUGCGAUAUAGUAUUUUAAUUAUCGAAUAAUAAAAAAAUUUUUAUAUUAAUUUAUAAACGAAUAAAUACGAAGGCGUAUGAUCUUCCUACAAUCUCUAUCCACAAUAAAUUCAAUUACAUUUAUUUCUCUUUCGAAACAAUUCAAUUCUUCUCCAUUCGAUCUUUUUUCCAUGUAAACAAUAAUUUACGAUAUUAUAUUCAAUUAGUUGUUGUAAAUGUAAAGAACCGGAUAUCUCGUCGUACAAACACACAGUCGAAGAAACGAAGUAAAAAUCAAAAAUAUGUCGGUAUAUUUGUCUCCUCCUAUUGAUACCCGUGCACGCGAAUUCUCAUAAUUUGCGCGUAAUUACCGACAAUUGUUUUU